AUGGUUACCCGACCCGGUCCUGUAUCUGCUUUUAAACGUGAGCGCGCGGCGUUCGUCUUCGAUUUAGAAAUGCAGGCUAGAGUUCUGAGGGCGAAUCCCCGGGCUGGUGAGAAUGUUGCUGAGAGCCUAUAUGAGCUUGUUAGUAGUGUUUAUCGGCUUAAGGAUGCCUCUGUGGCUAUGGCGGCUACUGCUCGAGGCAAUGCUUAUGUCCAGGCGAAACCGUACGGGUUUUAUAGCCAUAACGUGCCGCUUAUGUGCAAUGAUAUUAUUGCUUCUUUGGUACACUGGGCGGAUAUUCUCGUCAAUACUGAUGGACGGAGGACGAAUGGGAUUGUUAUUGAUUCCAUUGAGGGGAUGUUAGUUUCUCUAGGGUUUUGA